UGAACUCAAAUCAGCAAGGGACCAUCUGAGCGAUCCGGAGUUUUAAAAUUGUUAUAUAUAUAUAUGAAUGUCUUGAUUGGUUUUUAAGUGAAGUAAAACAGUACCCUUUACUUUUUUUGCAUGUGAGCGCAACAUUUACGCACUCUGGAAAAAAGUGUCGGAAGUGGGAUUGCCGAGACUUUGCACCAUUUAUUGCAAUGCACCGGCGAAGGUUAACCGACAAACGCAUUUACACUUGUGUUUGUUUACUGGUUUUCCUCGUCACUACAAGCGAGGCUGGGUGUCAGGAUGCGGGUAAGUGUUGCACCGGCCGAGAUCCGUCGUGCGUCAGUACAGGAUGGAGAGCUGACCGUUCUUAUGGCACCUGCUACUGCGACCAAGCUUGUGUGUCUACUCUGGACUGCUGUCAUGAUUAUGAGCUUGCCUGUCCAGCUGUGUCCUGUGUAGUGAGUGAGUGGACCAUGUGGUCUGGCUGUGCAGUGCCAUGCAGAGCCACGGUACGCAUGCGUAGCAGGAAGGUCCUAGUAGAGCCACACAACAGAGGGGAACCUUGUCCGCAUCUGGAGGAACGUGCUGGCUGUGCAGAUUACAUGGACCACCAUCGACAGUGCCACAGUUCACUAGUCCCAGCUCUCAUCACCACUGGUGGCUAUGGCAAUGCCAGGAAGAAAAGAGACAUUCCUGACAUUGGUGACGUCAUAGGUUAUUGUGUGCAGUUUGAGCUGACCUCACUGACUGGAGGAUGUCAGCACAGUGUGGGGCCACACACACGGUGGAUGCAGUAUCUAAGAGAGGGCCACCGGGUGUGUGUGGAAUGUCAGCCUCCAGCUCUUGUUGCUGGACACAAACACUGCACUGGAGAUGGAGAGGUGGAGGAUGAGGGCAGGAGGCAGUCUCUCCAGUGGCAGGCGGUGGGGAACCCUCGGUGUCGCGGUGUGUGGCGUCGUGUCGGGAGGCUAGACUCCUGCUCCUGUCCAACGGUCCACAGCUUCCUCUUCAUUUAAUGACAUCCACUCCCUCAGAUCUCCUCCAGUCUUAACCCACUCUCCACACAGAAGCCACGUCCUUAGCAGUGUGCUCCUGUUUACUGGAAACAGUAAGGUGCUUUAUAGACUGUAGGGUUACAGAGUCAUGCCACGUUUGUUUACAACAUGAUUAUGACGUAGAAAAUAUUUGGAAUGUCAUGGUUAUAUUGGGUGUAAAAGCUGUUAUGUUUGUUUAAGUCCCUGCAAACCAAACAGUAGCGUAUACUGUAUGUCUGUCUCAUUGCUGUGGUUGCUGUUUGUUGCAGUAGUUUCUCCUCUGUCAGACGGCCGCGCCUUCAAUAAUGCAUGUAAUUCAAUACAAUAAUCAAUAACCAAACCAUUAUGUAAUCAGAUUUAUUUGAUUUUUUGUCAUCCAAGGGGAAUGUUGCCUUUUUAAAAGAAAUAGAAAGAUCUUGGGACAUUGAGACACUUUUUACAUGACAGGUUCUGACGUUGUUAGUGCCAUGUCCAGUCACAGAUCCAAAGUUACAACAUGCAUCGAACAACAGAACAUUUAUACAGUAACAACAGCAUAGAAAGUCAACAGGUAAAAAUAUUACAAAACAAACAGCCUUGAGACCUACAAACAACAUCGUAGAAGAGUGGGGGACGUCUUUCAAAUCACUUUUUUCAGUUCCCUAGAAAUUGUGUACUUUACAAAGACUGAUGGCUUCAGCAGGGUUGCGGUCAACUCCCCUCAAAAUAUACUGAACGUUUGCAAGAGACUUACAUUUGAAUAGGAUGGGACCAAAGAUGAGAUGGAGAAUUGAAAUUGGAGUCUAUAGUUAUCCCGAUUUAACUGUACUAGCAAAAAACUAUUUGGGUUAACCAAUGCAUUCUAAUUCUCUGGAAUUCAGUAAUAAUCAACAGGAUUUGACCAAUUUCAUAAUGUCUUCACAUUGUAUAUGUAUAUAAAACUAAUAAAAGUCACUUGAUUGUGCUUUCUUACUUAAUGAUGA